UUGGUUGUAUAUCCUACUAAUAUUGCCUAUAUUGAAUUUCUCAGCAAUGUUUUUGCAUUUAUAAAUUGUGUGUGUUGUCUGUAGAGCUACAAAAGGCCUCCCUGCUGCAGAAUGACAUGGAAGUGCUCUGUGAGAGCCCAGCACAUCAGCAAGGAAGACCUGUGUGGAAUGUGACCAAGUGUGUGAAUCCUGUAACAGACGUAGCCAUAACAACUGGGAACAGCCAAACCCUUACACCAGAAAGCACUAAUCUGGCUACUAUUAUCAGCUUAGUAGUGGUACUUUGUGCCCUGGUACUUGUUAUCUGUGUUUUGGCAGUUUUGUACCACAGAAAACAUGAGCAAAAACAUCGACUGGCCAUCCAACCUUUUCCAGAAGAACAAGAUAAUACAAGACAUGCUCAUCCAGACUGUAGAGCAACGGCAGAAGUUUCUAAAGAAGUGGAAUCUAUUUCCUGUGACCAGAAAAGGCAACAACAUACAGGCAAUAACAGACUUUUAUUAAGGCUCGACCAGUCACUACUGGAGUCAGAAAUUUACCAGAUUUACAGCACAGGAAUAUACCAAACAAGAGAGAUGACUGGCCGAGCCAAAUCAGCAGGGCCUGUACUCUCUAGAACUGAUGGAUCUGAGAGACGUCCACACGCUAAGGAGGAAGAUCCAGAAGUAUGGAGGGGGGAGGUUGGCGAGUAUGGAAAGAAGGAAGAAGAGGAACAAGCAGGAAAAAGUGAAAUGGAGAAGAAGCUUAGGCAUGUUGAGGGACAAGAUGAUGAGUUUAUCACUAGAUUGCAAACAAGAGUCGAGUACAAGCAGAACUUAGAGGGUGGAAAAAAAGAUGAACAUAUUUUAGAAGGUAAUGUAAAAGAUAAAAAAAUUCUGUAUUCUGAAGACUCUACCAGUGAGGUAGACUGUAAUUCUGAUGAUGAUGCAUAUAAUUUGAGCUCUAGUUCAGCAAGAUCUCAACCCUCUCAGGAUCAAGAUGAUAGCUUCCAGCCUCUGGGAGUUGUUGAGAAUAUGCCUUACCUCACUAUUGGAGCUGAUCCAGAAAAACAAAGCCCAAAUACAGAGCAGAUUUGCAACACUAAAGCUUCCACUAGACAGUUGAAUUUAAAACCCUUCAGGCGCACAUUGUCCUGGCCUCCUACAGCAGCUCAGUGGAAAAAGCAAUGGGCUCAAACCCAGCAGGUCCUCAGUGUUUCUCCUAAGCUCAUUUUUGUCACGCAAUAUGAGUAUCAUGUAGGCAUGUUUCCGCCUGGCAUCUCUUCAGCUAUUCCAGAAAAUUUCCCAGAAGCCAGUUGUUCAGGGUUUUCUGAACAGCAACUACAAAUGAAGGACCUUGUACACAUUCAAUCUGUGGAACCUUCUAUGGAAACUGGUGAGUUCCUCAAUCGAUCUUGCAUCCAAAAUUUGUCCAGUUUGACCAGAGAUUACGUGAAGGUAAAUGGAGAACAUUCUGAAAUGAUCAAAUGCCAUUCCCCAAUAAAUAAUGAGGCACAUUUGGACUUGGUCACUAUCAAACCUCUUUGUGAAAGGUUGAGCUCUGAAGCUGCCAGCGAGGUGAAGAUGAGAAGCAGCACAAAGAGCAAGACAAAUCAAUCUUCAAACAGAAAACAGACACAAGCCAUAACGGGGAGGAAGCCAAAAGAAACAGUAAGAGAUGGAAGGAAAGUGAUGAGAAGCAUACAGAAGGAUCAGUCUCACUCCAACUCAGGUGCACACCGUUCUGGAGGAUCUCCUAGUGAUGACAACCUGCUAGUGGAUAAUGAGUACACCUUCAUAGAUCUUCUACAUGAGGUGGUGGAGAACCAUGGUCGUUGGACACGAGACAGGUGGAUGCAAAGUCAUAAGAGCAAGCAAAAAACAAAACAAGUCUCUAAGUCUUGAGGAACCACUGUGGCAAGCCAUAGAAAUGAGAUAGGUUUAGAUCUAAAAAGUAAUGUUCUCAUUAAAUAAAUGGGCAGGAAGAUAAUAUAAUGUGCUGUAAGUGACUAAAAUCAGUGACUAGAUGAACUUGCUGUUGAAAGUAAUCUCAAGUAGUGCUGUAAUUCAAUUCACAGCUUUAUAUUAAUGUGCUUAUUGUAAUAUAUUAUUGUUUCUAUAGUAAUAGCUUUCACAGGAACUUGUAUGGUCCACAUAAUAUACACAUAAUAAUAAGUUAGUUAAGAAAUUGUACAAAGAUUUUUAUGCAUCAUUUGAUUGGAGUCUUCAGGACCUGUUUCUUAGUAACAUGACAUUUAUUAACUUUAGGAAAAAGUAUAUAUAUAUAAAAAAAAAAAAAAGA